CGAAAAAAUUAAAUCUCGUAUAAAUGCGAUGAUUUCUUGGCGUAUUAUAACACUACUCAUAUAUGCAAUACAUAAAAAAAUAGAACUAUAAUUUAUUACGUGUUAAGAGUAAUUGUUUAUUAAGGUUAUGUCUCUGCUUUUGUUACCACAUUAAGGUUCUGGUCCGUUUUCUUAUUGUUGUUUACCCUGGAUAAAUAUAUAUAUAUAUAUUAAUAUUAAUAACAGCAAUCCAAUUACAUAUUAAUAAUCCCAAACGGGGUCAAUAUGUGGUGGAAAAGUACAUUAACAAUUUUGUUUCUAGUACUGGUAUAUACGUCAUACUUACUAGGAACUGUUAGUGUCAAAGACGAAACAAUCACACUGCAUAACUCAAGAAUAUCCAAUAGAAAAGUAUCUAGUUAUCCACAUAAUGAAACGAUAGUAAUAUUUCCUAAGGAUUUCGCACAAAUAAAUAGAAGAUUUGGGUAUGAAGAUGACUAUGCAUUCUUCAAUAAUCAGAAUCUAUCAGAGUAUUACUCUGAAAAGUUCAGCAAUUCGGCCUCGCUGAGUCAUUUGCAUAUCAUUCAACACAAUGAUGAGGAAUAUAUCACCCAUGCUGAAUACUUUACGAGUGAUUUUAAGGAUUACAAUAUCGAUAUCUUCGAUGCUAAUCUUUUAGAUAAUGAAGAAACAACAUGUGAUAGUGGAUUUAAAAAUCAAACUAUUCAAAUUGGUGGACACCUCCAAGUAGACUCGGAUUUAUUGGGGGCUGUACAGGCUUUGAGGAAAUUUAUGGAAUCAAAUCCUGGAUUCAAAGAUUUAGAUAACUAUAUUUUUGAAGAUAUUGAUGCAUUGAUCAAGUUCAAUUUAUUAGAUAAGUAUUUCUUUAAGUUUGUAGGAACUUCUGUUUGGUUAGAACAAUUUGGAGUUCAUUAUAUGGUUUCAAGAGUUUCUUAUACUCACAGUACCGAGAAGCUGAAGCCAAAUCUCAGUUUAUUUUAUGCCCAAAUAUUUGAUGAAAAUUGGCAAGAAUUGAAAGACGUGGAAUUAAUUAUGCCUAUAACAAUUGAUAAUAUUCCAAAAUUCAAGAAUAUUCAUUUCCCUUCAUAUAUUCCUAUUCCUUUCCAUAGAAGAACGCAUACAGCAGCUUCAUAUGGUAUAGAAGAUCCCAGAUUGUUACUUAUGAAGAAUAAUUUUGGGUUUGAUGAACCAAUGAUAGUAUACAAUGCGUAUCACAGAGAUAUCCUUCUGAUGGAGGAGGCUAGUAAGGGCUAUGAUCAACGAGUUAGUUUGAAUCUUGGAAUUAUAAGAUCCAUAUUCUUUGCAUUCCCUUUCCAAUUUGAAUUGGGGAUUCCUCCGGUAAUAGAUGGAUUCUACAACCCUACGUAUGACAGAGAAUUGUUCAGCAAAGUCAUCAUUUUAGAUAGGACAGGACGACAAGGAAUACAGAAGAAUUGGACACCUUUCAUCAACCCAAAUGAAAGAGUUAAUGGAGUCGAUACCCACAUCUACUUAAUUUACAGAUGGGCAAAGCUUGAGAUUAUUAAGUGUGAAUUAUCUAGCUAUUCGAGUAAGGGUAAAUCAUCGUGCAAAGUUGUAUAUAAAAAGGAUAAGAAAUUAGAUCCUAAUGCAGAUGUUGGUGAUUUUAGAGGAGGAACAGAGAUGAUACACGUUAAUCAAUACUUACCACAUCUUAAACAAGACACUUGGGUAGGAUUUCCUCGUGUUUCUAUAAAAGGUUGUGGAUGUGGUUUACGAUUCUACAGACCAAAUUUAGCCAUUCUUACUAAGAAUGAAGAGGGAUUUGAUUUACCAUAUAUAUCUUCACUUAUAACCUUUGAUAUCCCAAUAACCAGCUUCAAUGGUAAAGAUAAUGUAUGUGAUGAAAGAUUCCCUAAUGUAUUGCUUCCAAAUGGAAUUUCUAGUUGGGUUACUUCAAGUGACUCAUCAGAAGAUUUCUUAACAAUCAGUUUGUCUGUAUCUGACUCAACCAAUCAUUUACUUACAAUUAAAAAUUUCUUACCUCUUAUUGAUGAAUUAAUAGCCAAUCAAGGAUCCAAUUCAAUUACAGAUAAAGUUUUAGAUUGUGCUUUACAAGAAUCAAGAAAGUUCUGUAGCAUAUAUGGAGCUCAAAAUUUAAACCAACAGGAUAUAUAGAUAUAUAGACUUGUACAUGUAUUAUACUGCAAAAUAAAAAAUUUAUAAGCCGUUCAA